CCUAAUCUCGAUAAAAGUAAAAUGGUUAUCAUUUGGUUCUCAGUGGUAAUUUUAUUUUCUGCCUCAGCUGUAGCACAGCCUGCACCUCCAGAUGUUAGAGUUGACGGUCAGAGUUUGACUGACGGAGAUGAGUUUACACUUCCCUACACCAGCUCAACCAACGAGACAGUGGCCCGUGUUGAGUGUAGGGAACCACGUGACACAGAUCUGGCUACAGGCGUGGAACUUGUGUGCCGAGGUCUGAAAGUUCCAGGAGAUGAACAACGCGUGUUUUUGGUGCCGUACAACAAAUAUUCGGAUAAAAUUCUAUGCACCUGCUAUCUACGGUUCGCUUCAGUAGAAAACUAUACAGACUUCACAUUUAUAUUGAAUAUUCAAUAUGUUCCUGAACAAGUUCCUGUGGCCACUAUUGAAGGACAGCCCAUAAAGCCUGGCAUCACAUACAGCCACCAGGCCAACAAGUACAUAACCAACAUACGAUGUAAUGUGCCUGAUGGGAACCCACCAAUCAGCAACUACACAAUCACGUGUUCUACAUCUAACGGCUACAAAAGUUCUACAUUGGAGCCUGACGAUGACCUCAUGCUGGAUGUCCAAGGUCAGGGACACGGCAACUGUACCUGUAGACCUAAUCACGUGACAGGGUUGUAUAACAGGACCACAAGCUUCUACAUUGAAUAUAAUGUCCAGCCAUACGUUCCACAAACUCCUCCCACAAUUUCUAUUGGGAAACAAAAAUUGUCUGAUGGCGAGGUUCUAAUAAUGGAAUCUAACAGGACGGUCAGUUGUGCAGUGAUGGAUGGAUAUCCCCGUGUGCAACAAAUCACAUUCCAGUGCGGCCCCUACACUAGAACAGUACUCAACUACACCGGAGAUUUCACCAUCCCUUACAACAAAGUCUACAACCAGCAAACCUGUGUUUGUACCGCCAGUCAUGUGACUGGACUCUAUCAUCUGAACUCAACCAUCCUACUGGACGUUAGGUACGAGGGGGUCAUCACAAGUCUCCGCGCCAACGGUGUCCAGGGUUUUUACAACGUGACCAACUCCAGGCGCGUCGAUUUGGUGUGUGAGGCUGAUGGGAACCCCGCCCCACAGGUCUCGAUAGUAGGCAUGCACAGAAUUGAUCUGGCAGAAGGCUACGACUUACAGGUUGAUGUUAAAUAUUCAAAAAGAAGUUUUAUAGCAACGUCAGCAUUCUACAACAUCUACACGUGCGUACCUUUCAACUACCUCAACAUCGGCCCUAUUCCUGUUGGACAAUUUGUAGAGGUUGGGGUGGUGAAGAAAUCAAUGCCACUCAUCGCCAACUUCACCGUCAACGGGCAAAAGGGUUCGUUGAACGUCGAACAAAGCGCUAAUGUGACGCUAAGAUGUGAGCUGUUGAGUAAUGUUAGCAACUUCAUGCUCUUGAUAACACCGCGAAAAGCACACUGUUCACAAUACUUGCAUGCUGUUAGGAGUGACCCCGAUUCCUCGAGGGUGCAAACGUUGACACUGACAGCCUCCUGUGAGUGCAGCGACACCUACGAGUGUGUGGCGCAGACGCCUGGACCAACGUCUGAUGCGAUGCAGCAGGGAAAAUACUCCGUCGAUGCAAUGGCGAUAGAUAUCAGGGUCAAUUGCUCAUCUCGACCUGCCGAACAAGCACCCACCGUUUCUGUUUACGACAUCCAUGUAUCUGCUGGACAAAUAGUCCGGCUUCAAGCACAUCUGCCAACAGUGUUGAUAAAAUGGCAGGUAGAUGGUGGAGUGGUUAGCGUGACGAACGUCACGUUACAGUGUGGCAGUUUGAUCCAGACAACGAACGGAUCACGUGGGGCCUUUAAUGAUUCAUACACGUCAUUCAUGAGCAGACGUACCUGCGUGGUUACAGCCAACCACGUGACUGGUGUAUCCAAGUCCACGACGUUUUACCUUACCCCAGACCUUUCCCCGCUGAUCACAAGCUUCACAGCUGACAACGUAAACACGACGUUGACAGUCAGACGAGGGGUCACGGUGACAUUUCAAUGUCUACCUGUUACAGGUGUAGGCAACGUGACCUGGUUUAUCCGGGCAAAACAAGGCCACUGUACACCUUUCCUGUACCCGACCUGUAGCGAGCUCAACACUACCGUACAAACCUACCAACUGACAGCCACAUGUGACUGUAGCGACAUCUAUCAGUGUGUGGCUCAGGCACCCAACCAGGUCGAUGACGUCAGGUCUGUUGACCUUCUGGUUAACUGUACCCAGUACCUUCCCUAUCACCCCCCGGCUAUAGUUGUAUACAACAAAACUGUGACAGAUGGACAGACGGUACAGCUUGACCCAUCCAACAAAGUGGUGGACAUUAGAUGUACUGUUGAAGAUGGUGAGCCAAAGGUGUCCAACAUCACCUUGAAAUGUGGUGACACAACCCAGCAGAAGAACGGAUACAGUGGAUUAUUUCAACUCGCGUACAACACAUCCAUGGAUGGCCAGUUGUGUAGGUGCUGGGCUAGUCACGUGACUGGAUCAUACAACAUGAGUACCUCACUGACCCUCAGGAUAGGAGGUAACCAGGAAACUAAAACCAAGAAAAACGGUGCCGAGAAUGUUGGAGCAGGGAGCACUUUAAUUAUGGCGUGUCUGGCACUGGUGGGGACUGUCCAGAUUUGGACUACUGCCUAAGGGUCAGAGUUCGAGACCUCCAUCAGAUUUGAUAAUUACAGAUAUAUGCAGUAUAUAUAUAUACAGAUAUAUGCAGUAUUUUGUUUUAAU